GGAGGUAGAAGGCAUUCCAGCAGGCUCCAGCUGAAGAGGCAGCAUUACGUAGCUCUCUUCAUUAGGCGAUGUCACUGUUGUCAGGGUAACUGGGAACAGCGGCGUAUCAUAUUUUCUCCUCCUGUGCUGUGUGCUGAAUAUUUUAGUGUGUUGAAGCCGGCAGAAGGCUUAAGGAAAAGGUGUUUUUGCAGGAAGAAAAUCGGUGCAUUAUGUCUGGCUGGACUCCAGGACGAAAAACAGGCUUGUGAUCUGAUACCGAUAAAAGGACGUUAAUGCUGGGUUAUCGAUGCAGGUGGAUAUUGCCAUUUUUCAUGCUCUCUGUUAUGCUCGCUAGCCUAUAGAGGAGCUGGCUGCUCCAUUUACUCUUCUUGGGGACCUACAGCAGGAUAGGUGAAUACAUGCUGAUAUUCCUAAAAUCAAAGAAAAAAAAACCUGCAGUGGGCAAUAUGCCAGGAUCUACUACUGCCACUUGGCAGGAUAGGGUGAAGAAAACUGGUACAAGGCCUGCAGCUCCUGUACUGUUCACUAUUAAUGAAGAAGAUGAGCAGCAGAAGAAAGGCAAGAGCAAGAAGGGAAAGGUGCCCCCAUCAGAAAAAGACCACCAUGUCACCUCAAUCCCAACACUGCAAGGAGAAUGCAGCAUCAUGGACAGUGCAAGAGAGGGAUGUGGCCCUCUGCUGACUGCAGCCGCUCCUGAUGGUCCUCAUGGUAAAGUCCAAGAGAAGAAAAUGUCAUUAAGUCAAGCUAGAAAAGACAAUGCUCUCUCCAAAUCUGAACCACAUCUUACUCUGAAAGUUGAUGAAAGACAAAGACUGGCUCGAGAGCGUCGAGAGGAGCGGGAAAAACUAAUGGCGGCAAGAGAAUCUCUGUGGUUAGAGAAAGAAAUGAGAGCACAGCAGCACUAUGCCAAACAAUUGGAAGAGCGCAAAAAGAAACUAGAAGAACAGAGGCUCAAAGAGGAGAGAAGGCGUGCUGCAGUGGAUGAGAAGCGAAGGCAGAAACUGGAAGAAGAAAAAGAGAGGCAUGAAGCAGUAGUAAAACGUACAAUGGAAAGAAGUCAGAAACCAAAGCAAAAAAAUAACAGAUGGUCUUGGGGUGGCAUCCUACACAGCAACACAAGCAUUAGUAGUUCAGGUUACUUUGUUGACUCAUCCUUCACCAGUGUUGAUUUAUCUGACCUGGCCUUCCAUUUCCAAGCCAAGGGUCGUGUCAAAAGAGAUCCUGACAGGAGGUCAGUUUCAACAAUGAACCUUUCGAAACAUGUUGAUCCAGUUAUUACCAAGCGACUCUCCACAUCAUCUGCAACAUUACUUAAUACUCCAGACAGAGGGCGAAGACCGCAACUUAGUUCUUGGGAGUCCAAUGUAGUUUCACGGCUGUUAACGCCUACACACUCGUACUUGGCUAGAAGUAAAAGCACAGCUGCUCUAUCGGGAGAUGCAGUUAUCCCCAUUUGUCCUCGUUCAGCAUCUUGCAGCCCCAUAAGUCCCCAGCUUUCCAAGACUCCAAUCAGCAAAAGUUCUGAGAAGGCAAAACAAUUUUUCACCACACCAGAGGCAACAGCAAGGCGAAGGACCACACAUUUUGGAGGAACUAGCAGUGUAGAGAAAAAAGAAAAACGUGAGACAGAUAGGGAGAAUUUAUUAACUCCUAUAUCCAUUAUGAAGAGAGCAAUUUCUCCUAGUGUAUCUAAACUAAAAUCACAAGCGCCUAUGUCUGCAGGAUCUUCACAUAAGUCCUCACCUAGGUCAGUACCAGCUAUUGUAAAUAGUUCCAUCAAGCUGGCCACUACCCCUCAACGACCACUUUCACCCGGAAAUGUCCGACCUGUAAAAAAAGACAGCAAAGAGGACUCUAAGAUGAAACCGGAAGAAAUACCAGCUAUCCCCUCUAAAAAAGAGAGUACAGAGGAAAAAAAUCCACCUGAAGCAAAUGGAGAAAAGCCUCGUACUCCAAGUCCUGUCUCUGCUGAAACUAUGCAAGAGCCUCCAACAUUGCCGCCAACAUCUGUUCUGGCAUCACCUACUGUGACAAACAAGCCGUUUGCUGGAACCACUGACCCAGGGGAAGCAACCAGAAUUCUUGCUGAAAAGAGAAAGCUUGCUCGAGAACAAAGAGAGCGGGAAGAAGAGGAGAAAAGAGAAAGAGAAGAGAAAGAACGGAGGAAAAAGGAGGAAAUUGCUCAAAGGCAAGCCAUGGAAAGAGCCCGUCGAGAAGAGGAGGCAAAACAGCUAGAGGCAGAACGUAAAGAGAAAGAGGAAAUGGAGCGCCAGGAGAAGGAAAGGUUGCAGAAACAACUAGCAGAGGAAAAGGAGCAGAGGGAGCGUGAGGAAGCAGAACGUCUUCAGAAACAAAAGGAAGAAGCUGACCGCAUUAGGGUAGAGCGAGAAAAACAUUUCCAAAAAGAGGAGCAGGAGCGUUCAGAGAGGAAGAAGAGGCUGGAAGAAAUCAUGAAGAGAACACGACGUAGUGAAACUGGGGAAAAGCCCAGUGUUCAGAAAAAUGGAGAAAUUCCUAAACCAAUGGAAGACACAGCCAUUACACCCACUUCCUUACAAGAGGAGCAAACAUCGGUAUUUCUCCAGAGCAAUGCAGAAACCCCACAAAAUGGAGAACCAGUUGUCCCUUCUCCAAGGAUUGUAACUUUUUCUCAAGCUUUACCUGUAGACAGCACAGAGAAACAACCAAAUGAAAAUGGUUUAUGUACGCCGAACAAUAAUUUUGAAGAAAUUAUAAAUUUACCAGUUGGAUCCAAACCAAUGAAACUUGAUUCUCUAAAGAAUGAUGGCAACAGCAUCCAGGACCUUCCUCCUCUGAAUCCACUUAUUGCUUUUGAAGUUGAUAACGUACAAACACAACAAACAACAGAGGUCAUCUGAACAUCCAAAACUGAGGUUUAGAAAACAUCCUUAAAGCCCCAGGGAUUCAUGUGAGAAUUGAAAAGGAUUUUUUUUGUUUUGAAUUUUUGGGACAUUACUUACUCAGAAGGAAAACUUUACUAUUACCAGCUAACAGACUGCUGCUCCAUGGUAAUAGGGAGAGGACCAUUGUUAAGAGAGCAUUAAACAGCUUUUUCUUUUCUUCUAAAAUGCUGCUUCUUGCACACAAAGUUUCUACCUACCUGAAGGGAUGAAAAACAUAGAAGCAUUGAGGUGGAUUAUUGGACUUUUUGGGACAGUCCAGUUUUAAAAGUAAUUGUUUAACCUUAUAAUAUUUUACACUGUAUACAUUUAAUACUUGAAAAUACCCUCCGAGCUCUACAUGUAGGGCUUGGGAGCGGUGUCAUUUAAACCAUUUGGUUUAAAUAUUAUUGCUGAGAACUCCAUUUAAAGGGGCUUUAAUGUAUAGGCUACUGUAUCAGGUUCUCUGACAUGUAAUUACGCAUCUCAUCGGUUGGUUUCCUUGAGAGUAAUUCACAGGAUCUUAAUCUGGUUAAUAAGUAUACAUGACAACUUUAGAAUUUGCUAUGAUUUUAUCUGUUUGUUUUUUAUUAUUGACUCCAUGUCUGCAGAGUAAAUUAUACCUGAUUUUACCAUACUUGAAUAUUUGUUGUACACUAACAAAAAGUUUAAAAGGAAAAAAAAAAGUAUCUAUAUUGUAAUUAUGUCUGCUUGAAUAUAGAUGUUUCUUUGCCUUACUAAAUUCUUAUACACAGAUGGAAGAUUCUAUACAUUUAUGGGUAGAAAGGAAGAAGUAAUUUGAAUAACUUUGCUCGUUUCAGAGCAAAGAAGAAUAUUGAACUAUUAAUUUAUCUAUUUUGUUGGUUGUGGUGUCUAUCUCUCUCUUCACACAUUUUCUCAUAUGAACAUUGUUGUUUUGUCUGUCGGCUGAAGGUCUAUGAAUGUGCACUUUAAAAAGAAAAUAUGGUAAGUUUCCACUUAGUUCAGUCUGUUGAACUAAACUAAAUUUCUAGAUAAGGGGCUCCCUUUGUUGGUUGUCAAGGAUAGAUCUUAGGCUUGAGAUGACACACCAUGAAACCAUUCCUAGGAAGGCACCUGAGGAGAGUAUCUAAAGCUAGAACACUUUUGGUAAGAGGGCUUGUACACUAUUAAAAAUAAAAUCUGAAUUCUAAUAUGUUAUUAAAAACUUGUAUAAAAAAUCACAAAUUGGGAAAAAAAUAAUUUUUCACGUUUCAUACACGUCAGACAGAAUUUGCAAUAUAUGUCUCACCUUAGCAUGUGCACAAGAUUCUGUAUCACUAUUGAAAAUCAGCAAAUAUUAUGUGGGUUAUAAAUCUUCUUUCUUUCUUUCUUAAACCUCUUUUAAACUCUUCCAUAAGGAAUGACUAAAAACAGCAAUAAAUCCAUGCAUCAGCAAAAGAGAAACCCAUAUAACUUAUGCUGGCUUUCAAUCUGUAUGGACAU